AGGCCGAUCUUUUCCCCCUCCGAUCUCCUCUCUCUGUCGUCUCCGGCGGACUCCAGUAGCCCCCACCCCCGCCGGCCGCCGCAGCCGCCGAUUCCUCUCCGUGCCGGCUCCACGCAAGCAGCCCCCCAUGGCCCAGGGCAAGAAGAAGGCGGCGGUGGCGUCCAAGCCCCGCAAGCCGAAGCAGCGCGACGCAGCGGAGAAGAAGAUCGGGAAGAAGGCCGACAUGUCGGAGUUCAGGGCGCAGCUGGGCUCCUUCGGGCUCAAGAUAGUCGAGGUCACCGCCGACGGCAACUGCUUCUUCAGGGCGAUGGGCGACCAGCUGGAGGGCGACGAGGGGCAGCACAUCAAGUACCGGGAGAUGGUUGUGCACUACAUCGUGGAACACCGCGAGGAGUUUGAGCCCUUCAUCGAGGACGAGGUGCCGUUCGAUGACUACUGUGACUCCAUGAUGAAGGAUGGGACUUGGGCCGGCAAUAUGGAGCUGCAGGCGGGUUCUCUUGUCACGGGAAGAAACAUCUGCAUUCACAUGCUUAACUCGCCGCGAUGGUACAUAAACAACUUUUCUGGUCGUGAAGCUAGCAAUAUGGUUCAUUUAUCUUAUCAUCACGGUGAGCACUACAAUAGUGUCAGGCUUACUGAAGAUCCAUGCCAAGGUCCUGCAAUGCCAGUUGUUAUCAAGACAGAUUCCAAUGUAGCCAGCACGAGCAACAAUGCUCAAACGAAAGCGAAAGACUCGAAGAAAUCUUCAAACAGAUCAGCCUAUGAUGAUACAUCAGUUAAAAUGGUCAUGGCUGGAACUGGCUGUUCUAAUGUUGCUGCUGUUCAACAUGUUCUGGGUGAAAUGGAUGGUGAUGUCGAUUCUGCUAUUGAGUACAUGAUAGCCGAGCGACAUGCGGCGGCCUAUGAUGAUACAUCGGUUAAACUGGUCAUGGCUGGCACUGGAUGUUCUAGUGUUGCUGCAGUUGAACAUGUUUUGGGUCAAUUGGAUGGCGAUGUUGAUUCUGCUAUUGCGUACAUGAUAGCCGAGCGAUUUGCAAUGAGUUCUGAUAAUGUGGACGGAGAUCCUUAUAUGGACUAUGCGUGCAAUGAGUUUGUAUAUUCCGUAGGAGAUGAGCUUAAGCUUAGCACAUCCCAGAACGAGGACCCAACGGUUCAGCACAAGGAAGAAGAGAGUUGUUCUAGUAAAGAUGAAGCGGCUCAGAAAUCCAAAAAUCCAUAUGCUAAGAAGGAAAACUCCAAAACCAAGGAGUGCUCUUGUGGAUCUGCAAGGAAGCACAAGGCUUCUUGUAGUUUAGCCACGGUUGUACCGUCAAGAGAACCUCCAAAAUAUUCCUCUGAUAAUUUAUUGGAAAGAACAAAACAUCUCCAGGGUCCUUGCAUGCCGCGUGUCUGCUUGUCCUAUGCAGAUUAUGAAAUCCAAACAGUAGUUUGAGAAUAGAAACGGCUCUUAGUCUCGUACCUCAUGAACAAAGGCGGCGGCCAAGGGAAGGGCCAGAAAGGGAAGGCAAAGCAAAAGAAGAAAGAACAAGUCCAGGCAGCACCCGUAAAGGAACGCAAGUCUGCAUUACCUGUGCCAGACCUAGGGGCCCUGUGCAUAUGAACACUCGUCAAUGUCUGGAGUCAUAGGUUUUGAAGAGAUGCCUGUGUUUGCCUUGCCAUGCCUGAACCGCGAGGCGUGGACAAGCGGGGUUGCGAUGAUUCCUCGAAUGCCAGCCAUUGCUGACUGACAGUUUGUUCCUGUGAUCCUUGAUCCUGGCAGUAGGAUGUAUAGGGGCGACGAUGAUGUCUGCUAAUGGGCGGCAUUCACAUGGGUACAUUAUAUACGACACUGAUUUCCGUUGGUGAAACCUCAGUUGUGAUCAGUGAGUAUCGUCAUUGUGAUCCAGUUGUGAUCAAUGCUAUAUACUGAUGCGGACGAAA